CUUCCCCCCCGGAGGCCAGGGGGGCCUCCCGCAAACACGUCCCCCCUCGACAACGAUGAACUCCUAACCGGCGACACACCACGCGUCCUCCGUGCGCGCUUUCUCUUUCUCUCUGUCUCUCUCUGUACAAGAGCAGGCGCCCGGUAGGCGUAUCUCCGCAUUGGUCGGUCCCACUCCUCCUUGACUCUGUUUCCUGUAGUUUUGUCGGAUUGUGUCAACCUUAAAAUGAUUAUCUACACUGAUGUUCUUGGCUGCGGCGACGAGCUCGUCUCCGACGUCUAUGAGUUCGAGCUCAUCGACGAUGUUGCCAUGGAGGUCCCCGCUCGCAUGAUCACCAUCUCUGAGAGCGACGACUUCGACAUUGGUGCCAACCCCUCCGCCGAGGGUGAGGAUGCCGAUGACGGUGCCGUCCCUGCUGACGCCCAGGUCGUCAACGAGAUCGUCCACGCCUUCCACCUCGUCGAGACCUCGUUCGACAAGAAGAGCUACAUGAUCUACAUCAAGGAGUACAUGAAGAACAUCGUCGAGCACCUGAAGAAGAACGACCCGGAGCGCGUCACUGCCUUCCAGAAGGGCGCCCAGUCGUACGUCAAGAAGGUCCUUGGCCAGUUCAACGAGUACCAGUUCUUCACCGGUGAGAGCAUGGAGGCCGAGGGUAUGGUCGUCCUUUGCUACUGGAAGGGCGAGACCCCCGUCAUGGUCUACUUCAAGGACGGUCUCCGCCAGACCAAGGUCUAAGCGCCUGUUUUUUUCGAAGCACGCUCUCCUCCCUCUCUUCUCUCCCCGCCCCCGGGUGUUUCCCCUUCUUGGCUGACGACGCGCGCGCGGCGGCCCCCCCUGCCGCGCGUGGCAGUUUGUUGACCGGAGAGCGGGGGGCGCGCGCGGCCAGCGGAGGAGAGGGUGGAGAAGGGGCCAGCCGUGUGAGCGCGCCUGUGCGCCCGCAUGUGUGUGGGGGAUGCCCCGGGGGGGGGGGGCGAGUGCGCACACUUGUGCCGUCCUCCCUCCCCCGCGCGCGCGUGUAUGUGGCCGUGAGUGUGUCUCCCUUUUGUGCACCUCUAUGCGCCGCAUCCCCCCCCCCUCACAUGCGUGUCCUAUGCUUCCCCCCUGCGUUCGCGCGUUCUGCAUCAAUAAAAACAACUUCCUCAA